AUGUUCCGCAAUCCACGAGAGAAUGUGACCUCGAGCCCCAGCAGCUCUGUGCUUCCUUCCCUCGGUCGACCUCCCACUCCGCUGCAUGAUACAUCAAUCAUCCGGAAUUCUUCACCAUACUUCGGUCCAACAGCAACUCCUACGCCCCACUUAGCUGGUAUGAAAGCUCAUCUGGUUGCGCACAGCUCUACUUUGAGAACCCCGGCAAGCAACAAGAAGCCAAACUUCGCCACCAGCAGUUCAAGGACAAGAUCUCAGCCCAAUCAAACCAUCCUGAAUUUCUUUGCAAGAUCAGACAGAGCCAAGGUUGUGUCGAGCGAUGGUGGCGACGAUCAAGAACUGUUCUUUCAGGACGCAGUUACGCACGACUCUAAUGGCACCGAAAACGACCGCUCGAAUUCCCCUUCACUAGUACGGGAGCCCGACCACCUUUUGGCAGCCAAAGGGGAUGGAACAAGGUACAAUGAGGAUUCGAGCUCCGUCAAGAGGAGGCGUAUCGGCUCACCAGAGACUACUCGAACGGACAGCAAUUUUCAGCCGCUACAAAAUGUAGAUCAGCCCAAGAAGGCGUGCAGCAUUAAUGAUACGGAGGUAUCUAGUGAUGCAUUGACAAAGUCGCCUCCAAAGCGCAAACAUUCUCGACUACAACGCGGUCCUUUCAUUGAAGAGUCCGAAAGCGAAGAGGAGCAGGAGGAAGUCUCAGCCGUGGACGAUUGGGACAAGCGCAAUAACUAUCCAAAUGUGUACACCGAGGGAUCAAUUCCGUACUCUGAGAACGUUACAGACGGCUACCAGGGCGGCCAGAGAACUCCUGACAAGCAACCAGCCAUCCCCGCGGUUGACAGAAAUAUAUCGCAGCAUCUGCCGAGUAACCAUCUCGACCAACUCGAUGGUGCUGUGUCUCCAGAUGUCAACAGGCCUUCUUUGACUCGCGAGUCCACAAGUAUCAUGCCAAUGGAUGAAUUUGAGGACAUGGAGGACUUUGAUGACGAAUUCUUUGAGGAAGGCGAAGAGUUCAUGGAGAGGCGAUACCUGGAAGAACAGGCGCUCUUCGAAGAAGAGUUAGAUGAAGAUUCUAAGUCAGAGAGCGCCGAGGAUGGUCCCAGCACUCCAGAACAGCUCGCCGAGCAGGACAUCGCUUGUGAAAAUGCAGCAACCUGUCCGAUCUGCAAUCAAAGCAUGAAGGGCACUACUGAGGCUGAAGCAUCUGCACACGUCAAUGGCUGUUUGGACGGCACACCUACUCCUCUUCCAGCUAGCACAACGAAGCCGAAGCAGCAUGAUAGUGCAGGCGAUCGCCCUGUCGCCAUUGUGGGCGCCAAGCGAUAUCAACGUGCUGCCAUUGCUAGGCCUGGCCAAGAGAACCCAUUCUCGCUCUCCAAAGAUGGCUCAUCCGGUUCAGCUUUUUCUAAACUCAUGUCAGGUCAUGCCGAAGACGCUGCCUGGGCGGCGGCCGCAGCAAAUGAAGUUCAGUCCCGUGGCAAACCUGCUUAUCAACGAACCUGCCCCUUCUACAAAAUCAUGCCUGGUCUGUACAUCUGCGUUGAUGCCUUCAGGUAUGGAAAGGUCGAAGGUCAAAGUGCCUACUUCCUUAGCCACUUUCACAGUGAUCACUACAUUGGGUUGACAUCCUCGUGGUGUCACGGACCAAUCUAUUGCAGCAAGGUCACCGCCAAUCUCGUACGACAGCAAUUGAAGGUAGAUCGAAAAUGGGUCGUGGAUUUGGAGUUUGAAAAGAAGGUCGAAAUUCCUGGUACACAGGGAGUCUUCGUGACGAUGAUACCCGCCAAUCAUUGCCCUGGCUCAUCAUUGUAUCUUUUCGAGAAAGUCGUUCGAAAAGGCCCAAACCCGAAGACCAACCGCAUAUUGCACUGUGGCGACUUUCGAGCAUGUCCAGCUCACGUUAAUCAUCCACUUCUACGUCCAGAUGUGCUGGACUCUAUCUCAGGCAAGACGAAGCAGCAAAUGAUUGACACGUGUUACCUUGACACCACGUACCUAACACCAAAAUAUGCCUUUCCCAGUCAAGAAGAUGUCAUCAAUUCCUGCGCCGAGAUGUGCGUAUCCCUCAGCAAAGAAAUACCAGACACCAACGACAAUUGGGAACGUGCGAAGCUAGAGCGAGCAGGCAGCGGCAUGGCCAAGUUUCUCGAGAAGGGCAACGACGAAGACAAUUCUGUCGUCAAGAGAGAAGACAACUACGUUUUCAAGGAAGAGGGAGACCACUCAGAUAUGAAGCCGUCCGGCCGCGGCCGCCUCCUCGUCGUCAUUGGCACCUACUCUAUUGGCAAAGAACGCAUUUGUCUCGGCAUCGCCAAAGCCCUCAACUGCAAAAUAUAUGCUCCACCCGCCAAACAGCGCAUAUGCUCUGCCCUGGAAGACCCAGAACUAUGCUCGCGCCUGACCACCAACCCGCUCGAAGCCCAGAUUCACAUGCAGAUGCUGAUGGAGAUCCGCGCCGAAACCCUUCUUGACUACAUCCAAGGCUACAAAUCCCACUUCUCCCGCGUCGUCGGCUUUAGGCCUACCGGUUGGAACUACAGACCUCCAAGUAGUCGCUUCACAGAGAAUCCGGCCGUCUCUACCGUCCUGCACAGUGAAGGCUGGAAGAGCAGAUUUACCAUGAAGGAUCUGAUUCCUCAACGUGGCUCGACGAGGGAGUCUAACUGUUUCGGCGUGCCGUAUUCGGAGCAUUCGAGUUUUAGAGAGUUGACCAUGUUUUGUUGUGCGCUCAGGAUUGGUAGGGUGAUUCCGACGGUGAAUGUGGGCAGUGCGAAGAGUAGGGAGAAGAUGAAGAUGUGGAUUGAGAAGUGGGAGGCGGAGAAGAAGAAGAGUGGGUUGUUCAGGGUGGAGGAGGGCGCUACGAUUUGGUGA